AUGAUCACCAUACGACGCCGCCGCCCCGCGAGGCCUUUAAUUUAUCUGGGCAUCGCCCUUACACUGCUGUUUUUCUGGCAUACCGGUCUUCCCGCCGGCUGGGCCGCCGGCACCAUCAGCUACAACGGCAUCCGCUACCGCAAGUCCAGCUACGACUGGGCGGGCCUAAAACUCGAAUAUCCGCUCGAGAAGCCACUGCGUACGCCUCCGAGAGGCACACCCGUCGAACUACCAAAAGUUCAGUACGAUUUCGGCGGCAGCGAGAAGCGAAGGGGGAACAAGGCGAUCAAGAAACUUUCUCACGACGAGAACGGCGACAGCGAUCGGGAGAAGCAGAGCGAGUCGAGACGGGCCGCGGUGGUCCACGCUUUCCGGCGCAGCUGGGCGAGCUACAAGGAGAAUGCGUGGACGUGGGACGAGCUGACUCCCGUAUCGGGCCAUGGCAGAACCACGUUUGGCGGCUGGUCGGCCAGUCUGGUCGAUGGCCUCGACACCCUGUGGAUCAUGGGAAUGCACGACGAAUUCCGCCGGGCCGUCCGCACCGUUGCGCUGAUUGACUGGUCCAAUACUACGGAGACGGCCGCCAACAUGUUUGAGACGACGAUUCGCCACCUGGGUGGUCUCAUCAGCGCUUAUGACUUGAGCGGCGAGCCGGCUUUGCUAGCCAAGGCCGUUGAGCUGGGUGACAUGUUGUAUGUGGGCUUUGAUACCCCGAAUCGCAUGCCGCCUUUCUGGUUCAAAUUCUCCGACGCCAAGUACGGCACGCAAAAGGUGGGCGAGCGCGAGUCCUCGGCUGCGGGGUGCUCGCUCUCCCUGGAGUUUACCCGCCUGUCCCAGCUGACGGGCGAUGCGAAAUACUACGACGCCACGGAGCGAGUGAAGGAGUUCCUCGUCAUGACGCAGAAGCGAAGCAAGCUGCCCGGCAUGUGGCCAAUGUACAUGAACUACCGCGACGAAACGGUGGAAGACGGUUCCUUUACAAUCGGCGCCCAGGCUGACUCCCUCUACGAGUAUCUGCCAAAGAUGCAUGCCCUGCUUGGCGGUCUCGACAGCGAGUACGGGAAGCUCACAGUCGACUCUUUUGAUAUCAUUGGCAAACACAUCCUCUUCAGGCCCAUCCUUCCUAAUAAUACAGACAUCCUCAUCCCGGGCAACGCCUUUGCCCACGGCGACAACGUCGAACUGACGCCCGAGGCGCAGCACCUGGGCUGCUUCGCCGGCGGCAUGUACGGCCUCGCCGGCAAGCUCCUGGGCCGGGACUCGUAUGUCACCAUCGGCGAGAAGAUCUCCCGCGGCUGUGCCUGGGCGUACGAGGUCUUCCCGACGGGUAUCAUGCCCGAGAUUAUGACCUUUUACCCUUGCAACGAGCCGGACCACGGCCCCUGCGAGUGGGACCAGAAGUCGCACGGCAGCAAGAGCGACGUUCCCGGCGGCGUGAAACAGGUCCGCGACGGCCGGUACAUGCUCCGCCCGGAGGCCAUUGAGAGCAUCUUUUACAUGUACCGCAUCACUGGCGACGACGAGUGGCGCGAAGUUGCUUGGACAAUGUUCCAGAGCAUCCGGCGCGCGACUGAGACGCCGCUGGCGUAUUCGGCCAUUGCCGACGUGAAUGUCCAACCCGCGCAGACGACCAAGACGGACUCGAUGGAGAGCUUUUGGUUCGCUGAGACGCUCAAGUAUUUUUACCUCAUCUUCUCGCCGCCCGACGUUAUCAAUCUCGAUGAGUGGGUGCUCAACACCGAGGCGCACCCCUUUAAGCGGCCCAGGAAGACGGACCGCUUCGAGACGGAUGCGGAGUCUCGGGGCCAUUUAAAGUAG